AGUAGUCGUGGUUAAUCGUCUGAAGAUUGCAAUACUUGAAGGUUUCCCACAAGCGCGGUCCUAAUAGGAAGAAACCGUGGUAGGAAAGCAUCACGUUGUGUCUGGUAUUCCAUUGAUAAAUUGCAUUAAGUGGUCUGUGAAACCUGAAGGAGAAUCGCAAGGUUUUGCUCAUUUUUGAUAAAAAUAUCUUUGGCUAGGAUGGAAGCACCGAAUACACAAAACGCAUCGCCCUCUGUGGCAGAAUGUUCUGUUAAGGAGCCGAAUGUUGAAACGCGAAAAGUACCCCCUGGUGGAAUGUUAUAUGGGGAUUACCUACAAGUUGACCGUCUUCUUAGCUGUCAAAACCCCCUAUCGACUUUAUCAACGCCUGUUCAUGACGAACAUCUUUUUAUUAUCACUCAUCAGGCAUAUGAACUUUGGUUCAAGCAGAUUAUAUUUGAGCUUGACUCUGUGAGAUAUCUGUUAAACACGAAGGAAGUAGGUGAAGCGAAGAUGUUAACGAUCACCUCUCGUCUCAGCCGCAUUGUUCUCAUUCUAAGGUUAUUAGUUGAUCAAGUGACCAUAUUGGAAACCAUGACUCCAUUGGAUUUUAUGGACUUUCGGAGCUAUCUAUCACCAGCAUCUGGGUUCCAGAGUGUCCAAUUCAGGCUUAUUGAAAAUAAACUCGGCGUUAGAAAUGAACAUCGAGUUAACUAUGGGAAAAAUCAUUAUUUGAAAAUCUUUGAAGACCCUAAAGUCAUUGAUGCCAUCAUGCAGUCUGAAAACGAACCUUCUCUUUGUGAUUUGGUUCAGCGAUGGUUAGAAAGAACUCCUGGACUUGAAGAAAAUGGUUUUAAUUUCUGGAACAAGUACAAGAAAGUUGCGACCAUGAUAUUGAACAGAAUUAAAGAGGAUGCUGAGGAGGAUCCGGACCCGAACAAAAGAGAAACUCUUAUUGAGGACUGGAGGAAGAAGAAGGAAACCUUUGAGUCGCUGUUUGACACGAAUAAACACAUAUUAAAUACUUACCUCUUGAUACGAGGGCAGCGUCGUUUUACCCAUAAGGCAUUUCAAGGAGCUAUGAUGAUAUCUUGUUAUCGGGACGAACCCCUAUUUAAUCAACCCUAUCACUUACUGAAACUAUUGAUGGAUAUUGAUUCUCUCAUCACCAAGUGGCGCUAUAAUCAUGUGCAAAUGGUCCAGAGAAUGAUUGGAUCCCAGCAACUUGGCACAGGUGGCUCUUCGGGUUAUCAAUAUCUUCGUUCCACACUGAGUGACCGCUACAAAGUGUUUGUGGAUCUCUUCAACUUGUCUACCUUCUUGGUACCUCGAAACUGCAUUCCUCCACUGACACCAGCCAUGAAGCGCCGCCUAUCGGUGAUGGAAGAACUUAUUCUUAGUCAUGCCGGCAUGUUGUCAGGCGACGAAGAAGACAAAGACGAUACUUCUUUAAUCAACUUGUGAUUUUAAGAGCGAAAAACCUUCGUCACGUGUUAAGUUCUUUUUACGAAUCAUAAGUGGGAGGUUUUGAUAUUUGUUUCUAAAUUCUUUUUAAAAAGUUUUUAAUCUGCGAUCGUUUUAUUUUUUUGGUUUUUAUAUCAAACUAAUAUUCUUAUAAAAUGUAUUGGUUUUAUCAGAAAAGUUUCAAUAGCAUUGUAUUUUUGUUUUACUAAUAUGAUAUGUUAGGUUUAAAAAUUGUAGAACACUACCGUAAGCUUCAACUUUGUACGUUUCUUUUGUCAUUGAUUUCUUUCUGUUAUGUAAAAGUUUUUUUAUACUUAUUGCGAAAAUAAAACGACUUUUAAAUACUCCAA